GCAUGGGUCCACCCUCAGGCAUGGGUCCACCCUCAGGCAUUGGUCCACCUUCAGGCAUGGGACCUCCUUCAGGUAUGGGACCACCCUCUGGAAUAGGACCAUCCUCGGGAAUGGGACCAUCCUCAGGUAUGGGGCCACCUCCCGGUAUGGGACCACCUCCAGGAAUGCUGGGCUUGGGGCCCUCUCCGCCUGGCAUGGGUCCUCCACCCCCACCUGGACUAGGUCCACCCCCACCAGGCAUGGGCCCCCCCAUGGGCACACCAAUGGGUCCGCCCCCUCCAGGUAUGGGGCCUCCUCCUCGCAUGAUGAUGCGUGGAAAGGGUAAUUACAAUAAUCAAAUGGAAAUGGGGAUAGAAAUGGGAAUGGACAUGGGAAUGGAUAUGGGAAUGGAUAUGGGAAUGGACAUGGGAAUGGAAAUGGGAAUGGAAAUGGGGAUGGAAAUGGGGAUGGAAAUGGGACCACCUGGGAUGGGGCCUCCAGGUAUGGCUCAUUGGGAAGAACAGGGUUCUACCGGGUGGGGAAUGCAGGGUCAUGGAGAUGGACCACCGGGUUGGGAUGAGAGAGGUGAUGAAGAAGAUGAGCAAGAAGUCGAUGAUGAAGAUGCACAACAAAUGGGAUCAUCAUCCUUGCCAUCUUUGCUGACUAUGAAGAUUGACACACCUGAGGAGUUUAGGAAUAAACCUAUGACUGUAGGGGGUGUAGUGUUGCCUAAAGCCCUAGAGGAGGCCCUGGCUUAUAAGGACCAGAGGCAGGCUGCACUUGGAGAAGAAGAGGAAGCCCAGGAAAAAGAAGAAGAAGAGGAGCCAGAAGCUCCACCAGCCCCUGUGAUCAGCACAGAGUAUGAUGCUGAGGAGGAUGAAGGAGACUCUGAUGAUGACAACAUUCCUGAUGCACCACAUCCACCUGUCAUUUCUAAACAAGAGGGUGCAAACAAGACACAAAAAAACAAACGUAAGAAAAAAAAGAAGAAAGUUGCCAAACAGAAGCGGCGGGAAGAGGAAACCAAGAAGAAGGAACACGAGACCCAACGGGAAGAGCCUAAGAAAGCUGGUGACAAAGAAAAAGAGGUAGAAAUUGAAUAUGUCCAAGAGAAUAUUCAGUUCCACGAACUAGAACCGAUGUAUCGCCAAUUCCACCGAGUGUUCGAAGCCUUCAAAAUCACUGAGAAGAAGGAGGAAGUGAAAGAGGAAGCUGGGAAAGACGCUCCGAAACCUUCAAAUAAGCUCACCGAAAAGGUUCAGGAUCAGUUUGCGGCCGACGAAGAGGCUGUUGAGAAAAACGCAGCCGAUGAAAAGGAGCGUCUGUCAAAGCGCAAAUUGAAGAAAUUAUCCCGACUAUCAGUCGCAGAGCUGAAGCAACUCGUUUCCCGACCGGAUGUAGUCGAGAUGUAUGAUGUCACAGCGAGAGAUCCUAAAUUGUUGGUGCAAUUGAAGGCACAUAGGAAUACCGUGCAAGUUCCCAGGCAUUGGUGUUAUAAGAGAAAGUACUUACAAGGCAAAAGAGGUAUAGAAAAACCUCCUUUUGAUCUACCGGACUUUAUAAAAAAGACAGGCAUCAUGGAGAUGCGAGCUUCACUGCAAGAUAAGGAAGAGACCAAAACCCUAAAAGCAAAAAUGCGCGAACGGUCAAGACCCAAGCUCGGCAAGAUCGACAUCGAUUAUCAGAAGUUGCAUGACGCUUUCUUCAAAUGGCAAACAAAACCGCGCAUGACAAUCCACGGCGAUUUGUACUAUGAGGGUAAGGAAUUCGAGACGCGACUGCGAGAGAAGAAGCCUGGAGACUUGUCUGAGGAACUACGUACAGCGCUCGGCAUGCCUGUUGGACCAGGAUCUCAUAAGGUGCCACCACCUUGGCUCAUAGCCCAACAGCGGUACGGACCCCCACCAUCCUACCCGAACCUUAAGAUCCCAGGCCUGAACGCCCCUAUUCCGGAGAGUUGCGCGUUUGGCUACCACGCCGGCGGGUGGGGCAAGCCGCCCGUGGAUGAGAGCGGUAAACCGCUUUACGGUGACGUGUUUGGACAUCAAAGUCAGGGACAGGAUGACACCGAAGAUCAAGAUAUUGACAGGACAAUGUGGGGAGAACUGGAGUCUGAAUCCGAAGAAGAAUCUGAAGAAGAGGAGUCCGAAGGCGAGAAUGAAAAAACAGGUGGCGCGGGCACGGCGAGUGAAAUCGCCGCGGGCGUGGCCACGCCGGGCGAAGGGCUGGUCACGCCACUCGGCAUUAGCAGCGUACCACCAGGCAUGGAAACACCAGACACUAUUGAGCUUAGGAAGAAGAAAGUCGACACUGAUACUGAGGGUGGCGACACGCCGGCACUGUAUCAAGUUCUGCCAGAGCGGCGUGUGGGACUUACGUCGGGCAUGAUGGCUUCUACUCACGUGUACGAUAUCAACGCGGCUAAUCCAGGUAAACGUGCCGCAGCGGGCACAGGCACGAGCAGCGAGGCGGCGGGCGGCGCGAGCGCAGGCGCCGUCGGCGUCGAGGUGGCGCUGGACCCCAGCGAGCUCGAACUCGAGCCCGAGGCCGUGGCCGCCAGAUACGAGCGACAUCUCCGGGAGACGCGGCCCCGCCACAAGGAGGACCUUUCCGACAUGUUGGCUGACCACGUUGCUAGACAGAAAAACAAGCGGAAGCGACAGCAAAACACGGAUUCGAAGCAAGCCAAGAAGUACAAAGAAUUCAAAUUCUAAUAGCGAUAAUUUAAAAAUAUUUUUAAGAGUAUUAUAAUAAUUACUGUUGAAUGCCGCGAAAGAUUAACUUUCCACGUAUUAUUAUGAAGAAAUAUAACAUGCUCGCUAAUUAAUACAAUGU